AUGGCUCCACAAGCACGUAUACAGGUCAUUAGGCGUGAAUGGAUUGCACCUUCAGCACCUACACCACCGCAUAAACGACGCACGGCUUUGUCUGACUGGGACAUUGUGAUGUUUAAAUCCUAUAUACCUUUGCUCUUGUUCUAUACAAACGAUGAAAAGUCGCCUGAUUUCAUGAACACGAAUGCACUGACAAGUUCACUCGCUAAAGCAUUAGUGGAAUUUUAUCCUUUAGCAGGUCGAUUAAGAGAUAUUGGGAACGGCAGAGACGAAGUAGAGGAUUCAGAUGCAGGAGUUUUAUUUCAGGCAACUGAAUAUCAAGCCGAGCUAGAGAAGUUUAGAAAAGAUGGUUAUUUGCCUAGUCAAAUGGACUAUCACAAUAUGUUUCCUAUUCACUUUUAUUGUUCAGCACAAGAUCCCUUAUUUGCUGUUCAAGUCACUCGUUUUUUGGAUGGGGGUGUUGCUUUAGGAAUCAUGAUUCUUCACAAGAUAGCAGAUACUUAUUCUGCCUCUUUAUUUUUGGAUGCUUGGGCAAAGAUAGCAAGAGGUGUAGAAUACAAUCCUGUUUCUUUUAAACGAGACUUGAUUGCUUGUCCUUACGAUACCAUCAUUACGAAUGAAGCUAUUGCGCAUUACCGUGAAGAGCAUCGUGUGUUUAAAGAAGAAGCAGCCGUACUUCGUAUGGAUCCCAACCAACAAAAGUAUACAAAAACAACCCCUAAUGGACCCAUGCCACUCAAGAGUAUCAUUCUUGAGUUUUAUUCAGACGGUUUAUACGAAUGCAAAAAAGACGCUCAUUCAAAAGAGAUGAUCAAAAACAAGAAUUGGCUAUCCACUAAAGAAGCCAUGUUUGGCAUGUUGAUGCGUGCCAUUACUCGGUGUCGACAAGUGCCUUCUGAAGAUACAGAAAUACGGAUGAUCAUGUCUGUCAAUGGAAGAUCGAUCACGAAGACCCAUAAAGAACUGGAUUAUUAUUUUGGCAAUUGGAUGGUGUCGCAUACGAUCAAGACAACACAGGCUCAAGUCAAUCGAACCAAACUGUACACAAGUGCACUUAUGCUCCACAACACACUCAAGAACAUCAAGCCUAGCUUAUUUCAUGGUCUCAGUAAACUCUAUACAGUGCAUGAAGACAUGACGGUCAACUAUCUCAGCUAUCAGCCCAAUUCAGCUGCUCAGUCCACAGCCAGUGAUGUUUCCAUGCUUCCCUUUUGGCGAUUGAAUUUUGGGUUUGGGCGACCUGACCGUACAAGAGGCUAUAUUACCUUUGGCGGCAAUGGUUGCUUUAUCGUGUUUGGUAGAGCAGACCGAACCAAAGGCCCUAUGUUUGAUGUUCAGUUACAGAUGGAUGCUGACUCAAUACGACGCUUUAUUGAUGACCCUGAUAUCAAAAAAUACACAAAAAAUAUUCUGUAUUAA